CGCUUAGUUGAAAAAGUUUAGUUCACCUGCACGGUUCGAAUGAACGGAAACCAAAAGUUCUGGGCCAUACAGUGCGGGAAUAAUUAGCAAGUGUUUCCAAGUGUUAAAAUGCAGUCAUUAUUUUUAUUUUUCAUAGUUUGCCAAAUCUUGGCAGGCGUUCGAACGGAAUCCGGGGAAUUCGAGAAACUACUGAUCCCCGUAAGCUACGUACAAAGCACAGCGAGCAAAGCAAAACCAGAGAAUGGGACGACUGUACACUCGUUAAUCGCUCGCUCCUACUACCAAGAGAACAGCCAGUCCGAGUGCUCCGUGGGAACGGAAUGCACGCCGCUGCACGACUGUACGGCCCUGAUUUACGAGGUGGCCAGGAGCUGUUAUUACGGCGAUAAGUCGCUAUACUGUGGGGGUGCUGCCGAGGAGAUGCCGUACGUCUGCUGUCCGAGCAGUCCGCUGGAGAAGAACCAGGUGUGUGGCAAGUCUCUGGUGCAAGGACACUUUUACAAGGGACUGGGCUCGUAUCCGUUCGUGGCGCGCAUUGGAUUCAAGCAUGUCAAUACGGGAGCCUUUGCCUAUCCAUGUGCUGGGGCUGUCAUCGCGCGCCGUGUCAUCCUGACGGCCGCCCACUGUGCGCUGGCCAAGGCCGAUGGGCAUCGACUGUCGUCAGUGCGCGUGGGUGAGUACGACACCUCCAGCGAUCCGGACUGCGCCAACACCGGGUUCUGCGCUCCACGCUCCGUGAAUCAUGCCAUCAGCCAUGUGAUCGUCCAUCCAGACUACAAGCAAGGCAGCUACCAUCAUGACAUUGCCCUCCUGGUACUCAAAACGCCGCUCAACUACUCGGUGGCCACACAGCCGAUCUGUCUGCAGAAGACACGCGCCAACCUGGUGGUGGGGAAGCGGGCGACCAUCGCCGGAUGGGGCAAGAUUUCCACGGCGAGUAUUCGCCAGCCUGAGAUGACACAUCUGGAUGUGCCGCUGACCAGCUGGGACCUCUGUCUGCGCAACUAUGGCUCUACUGGCGCCCUCGAGUCUCCCAAUUCGAUUGAAGGACAAUGGAUGUGCGCCGGCGGCGAGGGCAAGGAUGUUUGCCAGGGCUUUGGCGGAGCGCCCCUGUUCAUACAGGAGAACGGAAUCUUCUCACAGAUUGGCAUCAUGUCCUUCGGCUCUGACAAUUGCGGCGGACUGCGCAUACCAAGCGUUUAUACGUCGGUGGCUCAUUUCGCCGAAUGGAUACACGACAACACGCCGCCUGAAUAAGCUCCUUUCACAUGACGUAAAUGGUGUUAAUGUUAAAUGUUAAUGUAAAUAUAAUACGACAUAUAUGUA